GCGUCCCGCCCCAUUGGCUUGCUGGAGUGUUGGUCCAGUGACUCCAGUCCAACGCCUCCUGGGCGACAGAAUGGAGAAAAUGGCAACGGUGCGGAGGCCUUUGAGGCUCCUUUGAAGGCAACUUUCCGCACUGGACUGCGGGCGAUGUCGGACUCGGAGUCGGAGGAAGAAGGCGCCAACAGGCAGCUCAAGUUCGUGCUGUUGGGCGACGGCGCCUCCGGCAAGACCUCCUUAGCUACUCGUUUUGUACACGAUACUUUUGGAAAGCAAUACAAGCAAACCGUAGGACUUGACUUCUUUUUGAAAAGAAUAACACUCCCAGGAAAUAUAAAUGUCACUCUUCAUGUAUGGGAUAUCGGAGGCCAAACAAUAGGAAGCAAGAUGCUGGACAAAUAUAUCUAUGGUGCACAGGCUGUCUUUUUGGUGUAUGAUGUUACGAACCAACAGAGCUUUGAAAACUUAGAAAAUUGGCAUAAUGUUGUAAAGAAGGUCAACGAAGAGUCAGAAACUCAACCACGUGUGGCCCUUGUAGGCAAUAAAAUUGAUUUGGAACAUAUACGGACAGUAAAAAUUGAUAAACAUCUUCAAUUUUGCCAGGAAAGUCAUUCUAGCAGUCAUUUUGUAUCAGCAAAGACAGGCGAUUCUGUGUUCCUGUGUUUUCAAGGAAUUGCAGCUAACCUCGUUGAUGUCAAAUUAAACAGAGCAGAAAUAGAACAAUUACAGAAUGUAGUGAAGGCGGAUAUUGUAAACUAUAGCCAGGAGCCUGCAACAAGAAGCGUUAACUCUCCUCGGAGCUCAAUGUGUACAAUUCAGUGAGCAUUUUCUUUUUUGUACAGUGCUCCUUUGGCUGCCUUUGCCCAGCAAUGGAGUUGCUCGGAAUGUUGUUUUAACAGGGAAAUAUGACUGUAAUACAUUUAGAAGUUUAAAAAACCCACUACUCAGGCAACUUCUUUGAAUAGUCAAGAUUCAAAUAUUGGGCCACACACUUUGACAACAUAUACUGUAUUUUUCAGACUAUAAGACAUUCUGGACUAUAAGAUGCACCUAACUUUUGGGAAGGAAAACAAGAAAAAAAAUCUGCCUCUGCCUCCCAGUAAUUUGGCUCCUUGCAGCAAACAACAAACAGCCUGGUCAGCUUCAGCACAGCCUGAUUUAGAACAAGCAGCUGAUUGGCGGUUGGAUCGACCUCCCAGAAUACUGAGAAUCAGCUGUUCCAGGGUUUGGGGAUUGCCACCAUCUAUUGCCGCCUCAGCGUGCCCCAUUUUUGGCUGCGCACGCCCCAUUUUUGGCCUCCUUGCGUCCCAUUUUUGGCUUCUGUGUGUCCUGUUUUUGGCCCGUUCCACCUAUCGCCACCAAAUGGGACACAUGGAAAAUGGGAUGUGCAGAAACCAAAAAUGGGGCAUGCGGAGGCCAAAAAUGAGACACGCAGAGGUUGAAAAUGGGGCGCACGGAGGUUGAAAAUGGGGCACACAGAGGUGGCAAUAGGCAGCAGUGAUCCCUGCAGCCUGGAACAGCUGAUUGUCAGUAUUCUGGGAGGCUGAUCCAACUGCCAAUCAGCUGAUCAGCUGAUCCAACUGCCAAUCAGCUGCUCGUUCUAAAUCAGGCUGUGCUGAUGCUGACCAGGCUGUUUGCUGUUUGCUGCAAGGAGGCAAAUUACUGGGAGGCAGAGGCUGAAGUGUGGGGGCUGGCAACUGGGCAAGACUUUAGCAACAUUCACUCUAUAAGAUGCACAGACAUUUCCACCCCCUUUUUUGGCAGGGAAAAUGCAUUUUAUAGUCCGAAAAAUACGGUAUAUUCUUCUGAAUUAUAUUUCAGUAAAGGAGAUUGAUUGUGUGUAGAAAUACUUUUACAUAUAUUGUCAGAAAGUUUGAAAGGUGAAUGCAAUGUGUAAAUUAAAUGGGAUGGGAAGAGACUGUGAAAUAAAGCAAUGCAGUGAAAAUAGA